AUGGUGCCGCCUCCUAUCGCCCGCGCAGUUCAGCAGGUGCAGGGCGUCGCGCAAGCCGCGGCGCAAUUCGCGCAGGAGCUCGUUUUCGAGCUGCGCACCGAGUCGCAGGAGGCGCUGCGAACGGGCCUCGGCAUUCCCAGGGCGGUUACCAGCAUCGCCAGCUUCGGAUGCUUCGUAAGCCGACCAGCUUACCCAAUUCCCGCAGUAGCAGCAGCGGGCACAGCAGCCAUCACCACUGACUUCGUCGCUCGGUUAUAUGGCGCCAGGGAGUGUGAGGGAUGCAACGGGUGGGAAGGAGUGGCAUGCACUACAUGCCGAGGAACAGGACACACUAGAAGACAAGCACUGCCAUCCAGCAAGUCCUCUGGGCAGUCUCUCCUGGUGGCAUCACCACACCCCGCCGUCUCUUCAUCUUCUUCCGCUGCCGCUGCCUCGCUGUGCCCCACGUGCCAUGGGUCGGGCGUGAUGAGAUGCUCGGUGUGCAAUGGAGACGCGUGGAAGCACAAGAUCACGUUCGAUAGGGUCCUGGACUCGCCACUUAAAGCCUGGGAUGCCUAUCGGAUGGCCAAACCUGUCAUGCCAUCCCCCGAGGCAAUGCAAGACCCGAACCGCGCUGCCUUCUGGUUGCUGCAGCGGCCGGCAGUGGAGGAAGGGGUGGAGAUGAGCGAGAGGGACAAGGAGACCGUGUGGUGGGAGCACCAGUGGAAGCAACGGUACGAGGGCAUGCGGGAGGUAGUGCUGCAGAAGCAGCCCGGGUGGCAGCAGGCACAGCAGGCUUUAAUCGAAAUGGAUCCGUCUGCGGCUCUUAACGAUUCCGAGAUGGAUGCUGCCAUCCGAACCAAGCCUCUCAAGGCUCGGCGGCUGCCAAAGCUGGAAGGCGACGCAGAGGCUCGGAUGGCCGCGGCUCUGGAGGAGGCUCGGAAGAAGGUGGACAAAAUGACGCCUCCUCCACGACCCAAAGACUUUGGGUCCUUCCAGCUAGACUGGGUGCAGGAGCCCGAUGAGAGCAAAAUGAAGGGGGAGGCGGAGAGGCAGCAGUGGCAGGCGAUGCUGCAGCAGCAGCGGGAGGUGGAGGAGAAGAUGCUGGACGCUGCUUGGCGGGACAGCUGGCAAAACGAUAAGGUAGAAGAGAAUUUAAAGAAAGCUGUGUCUCGCAUGAAAGCAGCAGAUGAAGCAGCGAGGAGAGCAAAGGCUGCAGAGGCGGCUGCUGCUGCAGGAGGGGGAGCAGCAGCAGGUGCAGCAGCAGCGGGAGGGGCAGCGGGUGGGAAAGGAGGGGCAGCGAGCAGUGGGGGCAAGGCGGCUGGGAAGAAGAGCAGCGGAGGGGACAAGGGCAAGGGCAAGGCAAG